AUGUCAGAAGGUUUCAUGCAGCCAACAUUUUCCAACACAGAUAGUCCGUUCCCCAGGUUCCUGCCUCACACUUUCUCCAAGCUAACCUUAAGAGAGAUGGCGCAGCGGCUCACGGAGGAGGGGCCUGUGGAACUGGACCUGCACAAACCGGAGAGCAGUGCAUGGCUCAAGAACAUUCUUAAACAAGCGCGAAAUAAAGAUUUUGAGACACGAUGCUUCGCUCUGUCUAGGUUCCGUGCAGUCUUGAACAGCAUGGUGAUCAACAAAGGACAUGCACUUUGCGCUGGUUUCGCAGCGUACGUGCUGGAGGAAGGCAUCCUCGAAGAAGUCAUCAGGAAUCUAAGAGCAGCUCAAUCAGAAGGCGACUUCUACGUCUUCCCGAAGAUCGAGUUCCGGGACCUUAUGAUCAAUCAAAGAUCUUUUACGCUCUCGAAAGUGGAGAUCUGCUUCAGACUGUUGCAUGUGCUGAUCCUAGACACUCGAACUGCGCGCUUUGUCCUUAAGGCCAUACCCAACUUGCUUUCCAUCCUCGAAGGAGCUUACUUCUCGUUAUCAUUACGUUUCUCACACGAAGGGUUGGAAUUACCUGACAACACGGCGGAGUUGGAGCUACUCAGAGAAGGCGUCAAAGCUUCUAGCCUCUCGGUGCUUGUUUCUCUGGUGAACUGUACCGAGAAAUGCAGGGACAAGAUAAGCAGCAGAAAGGUCUUUCUUCAGCACAUCCUAAGAGACAGCGUCGCGGACACGGAGUUCUCGGGACGAAUCAUUGAAUGUGCAAUUCCCUUUUUCAACGACCUCUCCUCUUCGUGCGAUCUUUCCCAGUUCCUCGACGAGACUAUCAGGCUUACUCUAAAAGGUCUGACCGUGCUUGACAGCGCUACUCUGCUGAAAAUGACCGUCAGCCUUAUUGGCAAAGCAAUGAAGGAACACAUCAAUGAAGUGAUUGAGAAGCUGUACGAACUCAGAGCGAACGGGAGAGUGAAGCACGAAGUGCCGGCACUGUUGGGAGUAGCAUCUUGCCCUGACCUCGACGAAACAACAAGAGCGCUCGUUUACAUGCUUCUGGCCAAUCUGAACGAGCAGUUUGAGAUGAUUUUCGACCAGACUCGUCCAUUUUCUCUAACGCCAGCGCAAGAAGAGAAGCUAGAGAAGUUGGUAGCUGCCUAUCCUCAAGCAGUGGCCAGGAGAGAGCAACUGAGCAGAGUUUUGCGGGCAGCGGAAAUCCAGUCUGCGGGAGAGCAUGGAAUGAAGUCAACGCCCGGCACUCCAGCUACGAUUUUCCAGGCGGCCUCUAAGAGUCUACUCGAGUACGUUCGAGACAAGGCAUACUUUCCAGGGGUACCAGCUACGGAUCCUAAGGCACGGAAGAAACCCUGCAGAAAGUGCUCCCGCUCAAGUUGCUCUCGUGUGGAGUCUGCCCCGUGCGAAUUCAAGGUCUGCAGCGGGUGUCGUCUCGCGGUCUACUGCUCCAAAGAAGGCGGAUGCGGAAUGGGCACUGAUGCACGCCACUGCUUUACAUCACUCGUCUUCUCCGAUUGGAUUGGGUAG